AAGGGCCCUGGUAGUGUAAGACCGAACACAAAGGAAGAAGAAAUAUUUUGCGUGUUAGAGGCCUGACGACUCUGACACUAAAUUUAUAAUGGUUAAGGUUGUUCUAAAUUCAAAGCCAAAAAAAAAUUAUAUUAUUCUAAACGCACCCAGUAUUUAGAGGCGAUGGGAGCCCCAGGACCUGUGACCCUGUGGAGCCAUCCCUCCUGAUGCCUCGUCCCUCAAGAGAGGUGCUCAGCAUGGCGGGGGCCCCGGGGCUCCUCUUCCUCCUCGCGCUCCUCCUGCUCCGUGCCGCGGGGCAGGCCAGCCCCUCGGGUGCCCACUGGAAACCCACCUGGCCUGCUUACCGCCUCCCGGUCGUCUUGCCCCAGGCCACUCUCCACCUGGCCAAGCCGGACUUUGGGGCCGAAGCUAAGUUGGAAGUGUCCUCCUCGUGUGGACCCCAGUGUCACAAGGGCACCCCGCUGCCCACGUACCAGGAGGUCAGGCAGUACCUGUCUUACGAGACGCUCUAUGCCAACGGCAGCCGCACAGAGACCCAGGUGGGCAUCUACGUCCUCGGCGGGGGCGGGGGCGAGUCCCCGGGCAAGCCUCGGAGGCGGCGGCAGAUCUACGGCUACGACAGCAGGUUCAGCAUCUUCGGGAAGGACUUCCUGCUCAACUACCCCUUCUCCACGUCGGUGAAGCUGUCGACGGGCUGCACGGGCACGCUGGUGUCGGAGAAGCACGUGCUCACGGCCGCCCACUGCAUACACGACGGCAAGACCUACGUGAAGGGGACCCAGAAACUUCGGGUGGGCUUCCUGAGGCCCAAGUUUAAAGAUGCCGGUCGGGGGGCCAACCACUCCAGCGCGGCCGUGCCCGAGAAGAUGAAAUUUCAGUGGAUCCGAGUGAAACGCACCCACGUGCCCAAAGGUUGGAUCAAGGGCAACGCCAACGACAUCGGCAUGGAUUAUGACUACGCCCUCCUGGAGCUCAAAAAACUCCACAAGAGGAAGUUCAUGAAGAUCGGGGUGAGCCCCCCCGCCAAGCAGCUGCCGGGGGGCAGGAUCCACUUCUCGGGUUAUGACAACGAUCGCCUGGGCAAUUUGGUGUACCGCUUCUGUGACGUCAAAGAUGAGACCUAUGACCUGCUCUACCAGCAGUGCGACGCCCAGCCGGGGGCCAGCGGCUCGGGGGUCUACGUGAGGAUGUGGAAGAGGCCACAGCAGAAGUGGGAGCGAAAGAUCAUUGGCAUCUUUUCAGGGCACCAGUGGGUGGACAUGAACGGCUCUCCGCAGGAUUUUAACGUGGCUGUUAGAAUCACCCCGCUCAAGUACGCCCAGAUUUGCUAUUGGAUUAAAGGAAACUACCUGGAUUGUAGGGAAGGGUGACACAGGAACCCUUCCUGCGGCGCUUAAAGGUCUUCACGUACUCAUUUUAGGAGAGGCCACGUUGUGUCAUUGGCGUGUGCGUGUGUGUGUGCGUGCGUGUGCGCGCGUAAUGGGUCAAUAUCUUUUACACUUUUUUUAAUUGCAAGACGAUUGGCAUCGUUAUUUGGAAAUUGGUUUGUGUAUCCUAUCGUAUCAUUUAAACAGUUUGAAGACAUACUUUUGCAUAGAGAUAAAAAGCGUACUGAUGUUUGGGGCAAUAGGGACUCCUUAGUGAUUAAGUUAAUCUUUCACUUUUUGGGAACUUUGAUUUUUAUUUCACCUGAACUUGUUUCAGAGGUUUAUAUUAAAUAUGUGGCAUACAGGAGAUAUAAAUUCUGGUGUGUGUAUAUGUGUGUAUUUUCUCCUGAGAGUCAUCUUAUUUUUGUGUGUGUUUUUUUAAUGCCUAAUCACUAAUGUUUCCAGAUGGCAGUGUUCCCCACCACAUGCAACUCUUAGGAGCUUUCACAGUACUUCUGAGACAGGCAGUUAUCCUAUUUUGGUUUGGGGGCAUCUGCACAGCAGUCCUUGAUCAGUAAUAUAAUAUGUUGCCUGUGUUGGUGCACAUAUUAAAUUACAUCUUACAGUGGGUACCCGGGCUGUUUUCAGUUUUGAAAUCGCUUCUCUUCCGAAGACUGUUGCUCUACUUUGGGGAAGACUUUGCAUAUGGCUCUGCCAGGUUUGCAGUCACACCGGAGUGGGCAAGAUGGUUUAAGCCGAUCCUUCCAUUUAAAAGGAUUUCACGCACAUUUCUCAAACUAGGUGUUUUUCCGAAGAUAAGAAUCAGGGCCAAACGAGAGUAGGUGGUAUUGCUUCCCAGCACCGUUAGGUCGUCAUCACGCUAAAAACAAUCAUUGCAUUUUACCCCCAGAGUGUAGUACAUCUCAUGUUUUAUCAUUUGGAUGGAGUAAUUUAAAAUGAAUUAAAUUCCAGAGAACAAUGGAUGCAUUGCUCGGCAGAUGUCACAGCAGAAUGAGGACUUGUUUGGAGCCUGGCACAGUCCUAAUCAGAAUUAUUUCGCAUAUUUUUCAGGGUACUUUCAGGGAGCUGCGUCCUUGGGCAAUUUCGAGACUUUUCUCUUGUACUUUACUUAUUUUAUAGUAAAAGCGUUUGGAAGGUGCUAUAAGAAAAGACAAAAAACGUGGCUUUUUCACUAGCUUUAAAAGGGCCUGUUUUACUGGAAUACUCUAAGCUACAGGCACAUAUAAUCAAGUACAGUAGCAACAAUGACAGUUGGGAGAACGCAAAGUGGAUCAGAGUCAUCGCUCCAAUAAAGGCCUUUAUGAAUGUUUUAUCAAUAAGAGAAUCACAGUAUAUAAAGAAGAGAGUUUGACAUAUUUUAUGUUUUCAUUUUUUGCCUCUGAGCCUGAACACCUUUCUAAAUGGAUUACAAAUGGAUUACAAGGCAGACGUUCGCUGUUCUUGCACCCCCUGUGACUUCAGCCUGCCUUGUGACUAUUUGUGAGGACAUUCAAAUACAGCACCGAUGCUUAAACCUCCCCCAGGUGGCUUUUGGCUUGGGUAUCUUUGAGCUUUCUGGAAGGAUAAUCCUGAUAAGGCACUCAAGAAAUGCACAACUGUAGCGCUUUCUCCAAGUCACGUAACAAAUACUAUGAAUAGCAAGAGGCCCAGGGCUGCCAGGAAUUUUCUGAGCUCCAGUACAGUUUACUUUGGAAUCUAGCAAGAAUCUAGCCUGAGGAAGAAGAGAGGUCUCCAUCUCUAUGCCUGGUAUUUGGGGGUUUUUUGUUUUUUGUUUUUGCUUUUGCUUGGUGCAAAAAGAUGUUCACUGAACACCUAAAUCAGAACUGAUUUUUUAAAAAUAAAUACACUUUGAUUUCUUCAUGUUGAUCUUUUGCAAAGUUUAAACGUCCCUCAGCAAGAGUAGGCAAUGGCACAAAGUCAAAAUCAUAUCAAUGUUUAGUUCUCAAGUAGAUGUGCUGUACUAAAGAAUUGUAUCCACAUGCUCUAUACAACGUUAACUCAUAGGACUGCAGAACCAUUCAACAUGUUCUUCUUUCCAGUGGUAAUUAAAGGAAGCAUGGUAUGAAAGUCUCAUGGAAGUUGAAAUAAAAAGAAGAAAGGACUCGUGGUAUUAUUUAUCUAAUUGGUGCUUUACAUGUAUUAGUUAUACAUCCAUCGUAAGGAUAUAUUCCCAGUAAGACGAGUAGAAUGUUUUCCAAAGUGUGUGCCUUAAAACUCAUCCCUCCAGAGUUUCUACCAAAAAUAAAAAGGGCACCAUCCUCACGGAAGAGGGAGAUGCCCCUCAAUAGUCCCUCUUUAUCAGGGAUUCACAUGCUUGUUUGCACAUUAAAAACUAAGAAGUCCUGUACUAAAGAGACAUGUAAAUGUUUAAAAAUCUGCAUUUCAAUAAACAUCUUUGAUCACUGAA